GCACGCGGCCCGCGGGCUGGAGUCAGCCCGUGGUGCGGGCGGGAGGGCGGGGGCUGGGAAAGGCCAUGCCUCCAGCUGCAGAGGUUGCACACAGCUGGCAUGAUCGCGGUCACCUGCGCGGCGCCGGUGCCCUUGCGCUCGCGUUGCCCGGCCCGCGGCCGCGGACUUUGCGGCGGGAGCGCGGCGCGGUGAAGCACCGGCGCGGAGGGCGCCCGGCGUAGGCGGCGGCGGGUGUGGGCCGAGCCGGUAUUUAUAGCUUCGUGACAGCAGCAGCGGCAGCGACGCCGCCGGCCCGUCUCGCCGCGCUUCCCAGCGAGGCCGCCGGCGCGCCGAGGGCUGUGCUUGACCGCGACUCCCGUGUGUAGUCGCCCCGCGCUCCGCGCGACCCUUCGGGUAAACUACGAACUGGGAGUUUUGAAGAAUGGGUAAAGACUUUCGUUAUUAUUUCCAGCAUCCCUGGUCUCGCAUGAUUGUGGCUUACUUGGUGAUCUUCUUUAACUUCUUAAUAUUUGCGGAGGACCCGGUUUCUCAUAGCCAAACAGAAGCCAAUGUUAUUGUUGUUGGAAACUGUUUUUCAUUUGUUACAAAUAAAUACCCUAGAGGAGUUGGCUGGAGGAUUUUGAAGGUGCUUCUAUGGCUACUUGCCAUUCUCACAGGACUAAUAGCUGGCAAAUUUCUGUUCCAUCAGCGUUUGUUUGGUCAGUUGCUCCGAUUAAAAAUGUUUCGAGAGGAUCAUGGGUCAUGGAUGACAAUGUUCUUCAGCACAAUUCUCUUUCUCUUCAUAUUUUCUCACAUAUACAACACGAUUCUUCUGAUGGAUGGAAACAUGGGGAAAGUGGAUGUCCCCAGCUGGAUACAGCAUUUCGACAGCAUGUGUGCAAACAUAGCUGUUUCAUCCAUGGUCACUGAUAUGAUGCUUCAGGACAAACCCUAUCCUGACUGGGGAAAAUCCGCAAGAGCUUUCUGGAAGAAAGGAAAUGUUAGGAUCACUUUGUUCUGGACAGUUCUUUUUACUCUGACGUCUGUGGUUGUACUUGUGAUUACAACGGACUGGAUCAGCUGGGACAAGCUGAAUCGGGGAUUUUUGCCCAGUGAUGAAGUUUCCAGAGCAUUCCUUGCUUCUUUUAUCUUGGUCUUUGACCUCCUUAUUGUGAUGCAGGACUGGGAAUUCCCCCAUUUCAUGGGAGACGUUGAUGUAAAUCUCCCUGGUUUGCACACCCCUCACAUGCAGUUCAAGAUUCCUUUCUUCCAGAAGAUCUUCAAGGAGGAAUAUCGUAUUCACAUAACAGGCAAAUGGUUUAACUAUGGAAUUAUCUUCCUCGUCUUGAUUUUGGAUCUUAAUAUGUGGAAGAACCAAAUAUUUUAUAAACCUCAUGAAUAUGGGCAAUAUAUCGGCCCAGGGCAGAAGAUAUAUACAGUGAAAGACUCAGAAAGUUUAAAAGAUUUGAACAGAACCAAGCUAUCCUGGGAAUGGAGGUCCAAUCACACUAACCCUCAGACUAAUAAAACGUAUGUUGAGGGAGACAUGUUCUUACACAGCAGGUUCAUAGGAGCCAGUCUUGAUGUCAAGUGUCUGGCCUUUGUUCCAAGCCUGAUAGCCUUUGUGUGGUUUGGAUUCUUUAUUUGGUUCUUUGGACGAUUUUUGAAAAAUGAGCCACGCAUGGAGAAUCAAGACAAAACUUACACUCGCAUGAAAAGAAAAUCUCCAUCAGAACAUAGCAAAGACAUGGGAAUCACUCGAGAAAACACCCAGGCUUCAGUAGAAGACCCCUUGAAUGACCCUUCUUUGGUUUGCAUCAGGUCUGACUUCAAUGAGAUCGUCUACAAGUCUUCCCACCUAACCUCGGAAAACUUGAGCUCACAGUUGAACGAAUCUACUAGUGCAACAGAAGCUGAUCAAGACCCAACGACUUCUAAAAGUACACCUACGAACUAGACUCGGAGAUAGACUUGGAGAUAGCACAAAAAGCAACCUUGAGUGUAACUUUAAAAAUCUAGUCUUUCAUUUUGUAUAUGUAAGGUUUACAUAGUGUUAGGUAAAAAUAUGAACAAUGCCACAACGGUGCUCAACAUGCUUUUUCUAGGAUUCAUUGUUUUCUAUUUGUAUUAUAAUACACGUGCCUACUGUAUACUUAACAGUCCUCUAGAGAUUGCUUUUCACAAUUGCACAAGCUAUUACUGACUUUACAGCAUAGUAGAAGAUUAGCUGAUGACCCAUGUAUCUGAUGUUCAACCAUAGUGGUGCCUUGAGACAUUAAACUGUUUUUAACUGUACCAGAAAUGAAGUGUGGAACAGUUACCUAACCUAUUUCACAUGGGCGUUUUGUAUACAACUAUUUUGAUCUACACUUGAUGUCUGAGCAGUAAACAGAAAUAGCUAAAUGUGGCUCAGGAAGUAUCUCUUGGUUUCUUAUUCAGCAGCAGAGUUGGUGACUUUGACAACUGGACUGCAGAGAAACGUGUUGAUCACCUUUUAAUUUUUAUUGGCUGUCUGCCAAAUAUAAAUACAGAUGCAAAAUUCAGUAAUGGGAGAUCUAUAACCCAACAUGGGUCACUACUCGUGAAAUGUGACUUUCUCCCACCAGUAAUUGCAAUUAGGUGAUAAUACCUAAUUAUGUUUCCUAAUUAAAGAUAAAUUGCUACUUGAUUAAAAAUCCUGCCCUUCACCUUUGGGAACAAAGGUUAAGAGACACAGUUGGGUGAACUCUCAAAUUUAUUGGCAUUUACACAAAGCCCCAACCAAGGAACUGAAGUUUUCAUCAUGUGAGAGCAGCACAGCCCACCAUUUAAAAAUAUUUGUAUAUCUUUCUGCAAAUAUGACUCUGGAUAGUGAAAAUUGAAAAACAUAUGCCAACCCCGAGCAAGGGAACUCCUCAAAAAAUCAUGCAGCGGAACCUUGUCAGGUAGAGAAGCCGUGCAUGAAAGAAUUUUUUUAAUGUCUUGUUUUGCGUGUGUGUUUUUUGUUUUUGUUUUUUAAGAACUAAAUAUUGCACAUUAAUAAAUAAGAAUUAUACAGCAGUAAUUAUGUGAUGUAGUUUUUUGUUUAAUUGUACCUUGGCUUAAGAAAAGUCGAUUUACAUGGGGCUUUUAAAGCUUGAUGCCAGGCAAGUUAAGAAAAGGCACACUCUGCCAACUUGCAUUCAAUUUUGUUCCAUAAAUUGUGGUUACGUUUCUUGACGGGGUGAGGGGAAAUCACUUUUAAGGAAAAAAUAUUUUCCUGUCACACACUGACAUAGCUGCAUUUUGUCUUUAUGAUUUUUUAAAUCUCUCUUGUUUUGAUCUAUCUGCUUUUAAGCUUGCAGCAUACUGAAUUUAGCAUGCAUAAUAGAACUAUGUAUUUAUCUGUCACUUGAGAGCCAGCUUUAAUAAACAUCUUUACUAAGCAUUUGGAA